AUGCAUACUGGUGACAAACCUUAUAGGUGUAAAGAAUGUGGCAAGACCUUUAACCAGGUGUCAAAUCUUCACAAACAUUGCAGAAUCCAUACUGGUGAGAAACCUUACAGAUGUCAAGAAUGUGACAAGUCCUUUAGCCAGGUCUCAACACUUUACAGACAUCACAAAAUCCAUACUGGAGAGAGACCUCACAGAUGUCAAGAAUGUGGCAAGUCCUUUAGCCAGGUGUCAACACUUUACAGACAUCACAGAAUGCAUACUGGUGACAAACCUUAUAGGUGUCAAGAAUGUGGCAAGUCCUUUACCCGUCAUGCAAAUCUUCAAACUCACCACAGAAUCCAUACUGGUGAAAAACCUUACAGGUGUAAAGAAUGUGGCAAGUCCUUUACCCGUCAUGCAAAUCUUCAAACUCAUCACAGAAUUCAUACUGAGAAACCUUAUAGAUGUGAAAAGUGUGGGAAGAGCUUCAACAGAUAUUCCUGCCUCACUAGUCAUAAGAGAAUUAAUUCCAAAGAGAAGGCAUAUAAAUGUAAAGAAUGUGGGAAUUCUUUUACCCGUGUCUCAACACUGAAACAACAUCACACUAUCCAUACUGGUGAGAAACCUUACAGAUGUCAAGAAUGUGGCAAAUCAUUUACUCGUCAUACACAUCUUCAAGAUCACCCCAGGAUUCACACUGGUGAGAAACCUUACAGAUGUCAAGAAUGUGGUAAGUGUUUUACCACUGCCUCAAACCUACACAUCCAUCACAUAAUUCAUAUUGGUGAGAAACCUUACAGAUGUCAAGAAUGUGGCAAGCCCUUUAACCAUGUCUCAACACUUCACAGACAUCACAGACUUCAUACUGGUGAGAAACCUUACAGAUGUCAAGAAUGUGGAAAGUCAUUUACUCGUCAUGCAAAUCUUCAAGCUCACCACAGAAUCCAUACUGGUGAGAAACCUUACAGAUGUCAAGAAUGUGGCAAGUCCUUUAACCUGGUGUCAAAUCUUCACAAACAUUGCAGAAUCCAUACUGGUGAGAAACCUUACAGAUGUAAAGCAUGUGGUAAGUCCUUUAACGAUGUCUCAACACUUUCCAGACAUAACAGAGUCCAUACUGGUGAGAAACCUUACAGAUGUCAAGAAUGUGGCAAGUCCUUUAACCAGGUGUCAAAUCUUCACAAACAUUGCAGAAUCCAUACUGGUGAGAAACCUUACAGAUGUACAGACUGUGGCAAGUCCUUUAACGAUGUCUCAACACUUUCCAGACAUCACAGAAUCCAUACUGGUGAGAAACCUUACAGAUGUCAAGAAUGUGGCAAGUCCUUUACCCAUGUCUCAACACUUCACAAACAUAACAGAAUCCAUACUGGUGAGAAACAUUACAGAUGUCAAGAGUGUGGCAAAUUAUUUACCCCUUUCUCAUCACUUCAUAGACAUCACAAACUUUAUACUGGUGAGAAACCUUACAGAUGUCAAGAAUGUAGGAAGUCCUUUACUUUUCAUGCAAAUCUUCAAGCUCAUUGCAGUAUCCAUAUUGGUGAGAAACUUUACACAUGUCAGGAAUGUGGCAAGUUCUUCACUACAUGCUCAAGUCUUAGAAGGCAUCAGAAAAUUCAUACAGGAAAGAAGGCAUAUAAAUUUGAAAACUGUGAUAAAUCAUUUUCCUAUCAUGCAAGUCCUCAAGCUCUCCAAAGAAUUUCUCCUAGUGAGAAAUCUUACAGUUGUAAAGAAUGUGGAAAUUCCUUUACCCGUGCCUCAACACUGAAACAACAUCACAGAAUCCAUACUGGUGAGAAACCUUACAGAUGUCAAGAAUGUGGCAAAUCAUUUACUCGUCAUGCACAUCUUCAAGAUCACCACAGGAUCCACACUGGUGAGAAACCUUACAGAUGUCAAGAAUGUGGCAAAUCAUUUACUCGUCAUGCACAUCUUCACGAUCACCACAGGAUCCAUACUGGUGAGAAACCAUACAGAUGUCAUGAAUGUGGUAAGUCCUUUUCUUGUCGUGCAAAUCUUCAAGCUCACCACAGAAUCCAUACUGGUGAGAAACCUUACAGAUGUCAAGAAUGUGGCAAGGUCUUUACCCAUGUCUCAACACUUCAUAGACAUCACAGACUUCAUACUGGUGAGAAACCUUACAGAUGUCAAGAAUGUGGCAAGUCCUUUACCCAUGUCUCAACACUUCAUAGACAUCACAGACUUCAUACUGGUGAGAAACCUUACAGAUGUCAAGAAUGUGGCAAGUCCUUUACUCGUCAUGCAAAUCUUCAAGCUCACCACAGGAUUCAUAUUGGUGAGAAACUUUACACAUGUCAGGAUUGUGGCAAGUCCUUGACUACAUGCUCAAGUCUUAGAAGGCAUCAGAAAAUUCAUGGAGGGGAUGAUAUUGAAAGGACACUUAAAGCUGAACAUCUUCUUAUUGUCUGCACUGUGAGUGCAGGUUGUCUCUCUUUUAGCAGUAAACAUAUGCAGGACAUCUUGACAUUUGAGGAUGUGUCAAUAGACUUCUCUCAAGAUGAGUGGGAUUGCCUGGACUUUGCUCAGAGGGCUUUGUACAGGGAUGUCAUGUUGGAGACCUACAGUAAUAUGCUCUCUGUCGGUAUUUCAGUGUCAAAACCAAACCUGAUCAGUUGUCUUGAACAAAGCAAAGAGCCCUGGAAUGUGAACAUUAGAGAAAAGGAAGGCAUUGAACAAGGUCUAUAUUCCCAUCAAACACAAGACCUAUUUGCACAGGAGAAUACACAGGAUUCAGUCCUGAAGCUGGUAUCUGGAAUAUUGUAUGACCAGAAACAAGAAAAGCAUUAUAUAAACAAUCAAAAUGAAGAGAGACAAUGCAACUAUAAGGAGUGUGGGAAGAGCUUCAACAGAUAUUCCUGCCACACUAGUUAUAAGAGAAUUAAUUCCAAAGAGAAGGCAUAUAAAUUUGAAAACUAUGAUAAAUCAUUUUCCUAUCAUGGAAGUCCUCAAGCUCUCCAAAGAAUCCCUUUUGGUGACAAACCUUACAGUUGUAAAGAAUGUGGGAAUUCCUUUACCCGUGUCUCAACACUGAAACAACAUCACAGAAUCCAUACUGGUCAGAAACCUUACAGAUGUCAAGAAUGUGGCAAAUCAUUUACUCGUCAUGCACAUCUUCAAACUCACCACAGGAUCCACACUGGUGAGAAACCUUACAGAUGUCAAGAAUGUGGUAAGUGUUUUACCACUGCCUCAAACCUACACACCCAUCACAUAAUUCAUACUGGUGAGAAACCUUACAGAUGUCAUGAAUGUGGCAAGUCCUUUAACCAUGUCUCAACACUUUAUAGACAUCACAGACUUCAUACUGGUGAGAAACCUUACAGAUGUAAAGAAUGUGGGAAUUCCUUUACCCGUGUCUCAACAUUGAAACAACAUCACAGAAUUCAUACUGAUGAGAAACCUUACAGAUGUCAAGAAUGUGGCAAAUCAUUUACUCGUCAUGCACAUCUUCAAACUCACCACAGGAUCCACACUGGUGAGAAACCUUACAGAUGUCAAGAAUGUGGUAAGUGUUUUACCACUGCCUCAAACUUACACACCCAUCACAUAAUUCAUACUGGUGAGAAACCUUACAGAUGUCAAGAAUGUGGCAAGUCCUUUAACCAUGUCUCAACACUUCACAGACAUCACAGACUUCAUACUGGUGAGAAACCUUACAGAUGUCAAGAAUGUGGCAAGUCCUUUACUUGUCGUGCAAAUCUUCAAACUCACCAAAGAAUUCACACUGGUGAGAAACCUUACAGAUGUCAAGAAUGUGGAAAGUCAUUUGCUCGUCAUGCAAGUCUUCAAGCUCACCAAAAACUUCAUACUGAUGAGAAACCUUACAGAUGUCAAGAAUGUGGCAAGUCCUUUAACCAGCUGUCAAAUCUUCACAAACAUUGCAGAAUCCAUACUGGUGAGAAACCUUACAGAUGUGAAGAAUGUGGCAAGUCCUUUAAUGAUGUCUCAACACUUUCCAGACAUCAAAGAAUCCAUACUGGUGAGAAACCUUACAGAUGUAAAGAAUGUGGCAAGUCCUUUAACGAUGUCUCAACACUUUCCAGACAUCACAGAAUUCAUACUGGUGAGAAACCUUACAGAUGUCAAGAAUGUGGCAAGUCCUUUUCUCGUCAUGAACAUCUUCAAGCUCACAACAGAAUCCAUACUGGUGAGAAACCUUACAGAUGUCAAGAAUGUGGCAAGUCCUUUACUCAUCAUGCAAAUCUUCAAGCUCACCACAGAAUUCAUACUGGUGAGAAACCUCAUAAACGUCAAGAGUGUUCCAAGUCUUUUAACCAUGUCUCAACACUUCACACUCAUCAAAGAGUUCGUACUGGUGAAAAACCUUACAGAUGUCAAGAAUGUGACAAGUCCUUUACCAAAAUCUCACACCUUCACAGCCAUCAGAAACUCCAUUUUGGUGAAAAACCUUACAAAUGUCAAGAAUGUGGCAAGUCCUUUACUCGCCAUGCACAUCUUCAAGAUCACCAUAGGAUCCACACUGGUGAGAAACCUUACAGAUGUCAAGAAUGUGGCAAGUCAUUUACUCGUCAUUCACAUCUUCAAAAUCACCACAGGAUCCACACUGGUGAGAAACCUUACAGAUGUCAAGAAUGUGGUAAGUGUUUUACCUGUGUCUCAAACCUACACAGACAUAACAGAAUCCAUACUGGUGAAAAACCUUACAGAUGUCAAGAAUGUGGUAAGUGUUUUACCUGUGUCUCAAACCUACAAAAACAUCACAGAAUUCAUACUGGUACAAAACCUUACAGAUGUCAAGAAUGUGGCAAGUCAUUUACUCGUCAUUCACAUCUUCAAAAUCACCACAGGAUCCACACUGGUGAGAAACCUUACAGAUGUCAAGAAUGUGGUAAGUGUUUUACCUGUGUCUCAAACCUACACAGACAUAACAGAAUCCAUACUGGUGAAAAACCUUACAGAUGUCAAGAAUGUGGUAAGUGUUUUACCUGUGUCUCAAACCUACAAAAACAUCACAGAAUUCAUACUGGUACAAAACCUUACAGAUGUCAAGAAUGUGGCAAGUCCUUUACUUAUCAUUCAAAUCUUCAAGUUCACCACAGAAUCCAUACUGGUGAGAAACCUUACAGAUGUCAAGAAUGUGGCAAGUCCUUUACAAUAUGCUCAAAUCUGAGAAGGCAUCAGAAAAUUCAUGAAAUGGGUCCUCUUCUUAAAAUUCCUUAG